CCCCCACGCAACACUCGGCUCAGUGUGCUUCGUGGAAACUUCAUCUCGGACCUCUGCAGCACAAUCCUAUCUUUCAGAUUGCACCAUUUUAGUUGAGUUUUGUUACAAUGUAAAGAAAAUGUCCGGGACAAGCUCUGAUUGGGUGGAGAUCCUGGAGCCCCGCUCCCGUGAGCGUAUGUAUGUGAACCUGACCACCGGCGAGUGCGGCUGGGAUCCCCCUCUCGGCGCCCCCGUCCGCCAGGCAGACGGGAACCAAUGGUGGGAGCUCUUUGACCCUCAAAGUGGCCGCUUCUACUACUACAACUCCAGCGGGCGCCGUACAGUCUGGCAUCGGCCGCAAGGGGCCGAUAUCGUUCCUCUUUCUCAGCUUCAGGCCAUGAAGCGUUGCAGUGACGCCAAGCGAGUGGGAGUGGGUGUGGACAGGCCCCGUCACGGGACCACAGGGAGUGUGGGCAGCAUAGGGAGCCAAGGACAGGGCACCUCUUUGCCUGAGCAAGAUGGAGACAGCCACGAGGCCAUCGAGGUAGCGUCUCACCCAGAGCCGGACCCGGCUGUGGAUGUCAGGUCGCAGGGAGACGGAUGCAGCAACCAACACCGAGAACCGCAGAGGGAUGCCCCUCAAAGAUGGCAGCCUGCACCAGGUUCUAAGGCGGCCAUGUUGGUAAAGGUGAACAGCAUGAGUCGGAGCCAGCCAAUCCCGGCUUCGCAGCAACAGCAGCCACCGCAAGUCCAGCACAACAAAGCCAACACCUUCACGCUCCACCCAUCCAGCAGUAAGACCCCAGGCGGAUGCAUUGGCCCCACCCAAGGAUACAAAACCGCCCCCCCUGGCAAAGCGGCAGUGGACCCGCGCCAGGCACAUCACCUGAGAAAAGCCAGCAACGGCAGCUUUUGUUUAGCGACAGCAGACAGCGGCCACCCCAGCCCCCUCCUUCACAGGUCCCAGACCAGCACGCCACGCCCGGUCUCCCCCCAGUACGGUUGCGGUGCCCCCAUCUAUGACGUGCCGGUUACAGACUGUCCCAUAUAUGACGAACCCCCAGUGGACAUGGAGGUGGAGGGGGCGCACCUCUACGCUGGGCAGCCGCUGUCCCGCCUGACACCCACCCAGAGCCUCCAGAAACCGAGACUUCUCCAGCACCCUGCCCCGCCCCCAACAGGUUCCAGACACAGAAGAAACCCUUCCGCGUCUGACUAUAGCCCAGCUGGUCUGGAGUGCAUCAAACAUAUGAUCAACGUGGACCCCAAACAGGGGCUCCUAUCCGGCUCCCCCGUACCCACACGCACCCCCUCGCCGAUCGCCAGGCAAGACCUCGUCCCGCCCCAAGCUCAGGCUCAGCCACACCCCCAAGCGCAGGCUCAUUCCUUGCCCCAAGUUCGAGGCCAGCUGAGGGACAGAGAAGCGCUGCCCCCGGGCCCGAGUACCCUGGAUAAGAAGCAGAACUGGCGAGUCCUGGAGGCCACGGUGCAGCGCGCCAUGGAGGCCCGCCACAGCAGGCAGAGCAGCCAGGCCUCGCAGGACUUCACUUCCUCUACACCGCAGGCGGCCGCCAACUACCAGGAUUCCGGCUACUCCACCGGGCCUUCCCCGAGUCUGAGAAGGAAAAGCCGGAGAAGGAUGGGACCCGGGGGGGGCGCCGGAGGCAGGCCCGGGUCGGUGGGCAGCAGUGGGGAGCUGUGUGCCCUCAACGAGAGGCUGAUGGCCGAGAUGAGGGAAGUCGUGAGUCGUUCCAACACGAUGAGGGAGGUGCGAGUGGGACUGGAUCCCGAGAUCGGCGAGAGGGCGAUCGUGUCCCGGACACGCUCCCCCGCAGACUCACUCCGCUGGUAUGGAGGAGGGGGAGGGGCAUCAGCGAGCGGGUGCUCAUCCCGAGAGGACAUCGCCGGGGCUUCCCGCUCUCCCGGGAAGGCGGGUAGCGCUGCCCUGACCCCGCUGGAGAUCCCGGGGCGACAGAAAAGGACGUAUGAAAAGGUGGACACCUUGGAGAUGAGCAUGAACAGCCAGGCCAGCCUGUCUUCACCCGAGACGCCGGGGCCACCCUCUCAGGUGGGCACCCUUGAACUGCAGGCUCAGUCGGAGAACAGAAAGAAGGACCUGCUGGACGGACGGAGCGCAUCGCUGGGCCCGCAUCGGCCCGCCAACCACGACAACCGCGAGGGAUCCGAUGGAACGAAAGCCGCGGAAACGUCCUACCAGUUCUCCUACGCCACCCUGCGACAGCCACCACCUCCAGACAUGGGCAUGGAGGACUGGGCCAGCAAGCACCUCAACAUGCACACGCAAGGCCUGUUCCGGCGCCGCGUCUCCAUCGCCAACAUGUUAUCCUGGAACCGAGGUUCCAUCAAGAAGCCCAUGCUGGUCACCAGCAACCGUGCCGUCAGGAAGGAGGCUUGCGAAAUGUUCAAGCUGGUCCAGGCCUACAUGGGGGACAGGCCGUCUCGUCUGGACCGCCGCCACAGCGCCCUGCUCAUCGUCACCAAGUGCUGGGACAUGCCGGGCCUGCGGGACGAGCUCUACGUGCAGCUGGUCCGGCAGACCACGGGCAACGCCAGCCCCCGAAGCUUGGCGGCGGGGUGGGAGCUGAUGGCCGUCAGCUUGGCCUUCUUCGCCCCGUCGCCCAAGUUCCGCUGUUACCUGGAAGGCUACAUCCAGAGACACACGGAGCCCACCAGCGACAAGAAAUGUGAGUCUCAGACUGAGCAGCACGUGACUCGGUUCAUCUUGGAACAACAGGAAGUGAAAUUAAAGAAGAACUCAAAAUCCAGGAAAAAGCGGAAACAAAACACAGACGAGGAAGAAGGCUUGCCUAUCAGCACGUAUGCCAAGUUCUGCCAUCGGAAGCUGCAGAAGGUGGCCAUCACGGGAGGCAAGAAGGGGCUACGGAAGCCCACCUUGGAGGAGGUGGACCACAGUCGGCGAGCCAUCAUCACCCCAUCCCUGUUUGGGAGCUCGUUGGAGGAAGUCAUGGAGCGCCAGAGCGAACUCUUCCCAGACAGGAAGUUGCCGUGGGUGCAAGUUCAACUUUCCCAGUAUGUUCUUGCCCUGGGUGGGGCUCAGACGGAGGGCAUCUUCAGAGUGCCCGGCGACAUCGAUGAAGUCAACGCAUUGAAACUUCAAGUGGACCAGUGGAGGAUCCCCGAGAACCUGUCGGAUCCCAAUGUUCCAGCCUCCCUGAUGAAGCUGUGGUACCGGGAGCUGGAGGAGCCCCUCAUCCCCAUGAACUUCUAUAAGCAGUGUGUCAACAACUGCGAUGACCCGGUGGCCGCCAUUGCUGUGGUCCAGUCUCUGCCUGAGCUCAACAGGCUGGUGCUCUGCUACUUCAUCCAUUUCCUACAGGUGUUUGCUCAGCCGUCUAACGUGGCCAUAACCAAGAUGGAUGUGAACAACCUGGCCAUGGUGAUGGCCCCAAACUGCCUCCGGUGCCAAUCAGACGACCCGCGCAUCAUCUUCGAGAACACGCGCAAAGAGAUGUCCUUCCUGAGAAUGCUGAUAGUUCACCUGGACACCGGUUUCAUUGAAGGGGUGGUGUAGGCUCACCACGCCCUCGCCCCCCGGCCCUCGCCGUCUCUCUGCCGACAACACUGGAAACCCUUCGCACAUGACAUCUUGUUCACAAAGGCGUGUGAUGACAAAGAACUGUUUCCUACCAGAAGUAAGCACAUAGAACUCCACCUGAGCUCAUCCAGUACUUGGACCCAUGGAGUCCACCUGAGCUCAUCCAGUACUUGGACCCAUGGAGUCCACCUGAGCUCAUCCAGUACUUGGACCCAUGGAGUCCACCUGAGCUCAUCCAGUACUUGGACCCAUGGAGUCCACCUGAGCUCAUCCAGUACUUGGACCCAUGGAGUCCACCUGAGCUCAUCCAGUACUUGGACCCAUGAGCCGAUGCUUAACUUCUGUGGUAUCAAUCACGUGUUCUGUCGUGUCGUUUGGUGCUCCCAAGUAGUUCAUCCGGUCACUGGUCUUGUCCCGUACGAGGGAAAUACCAAGAAAGCUAUUUUUAUUGAGGUUUGCUGAUUUUCUUAAUUUACGUCUUUGUGAUGUGGGAGCUUCAUUCUUCAAUCAUGAUUCUGUGUCAGAAACCUUUCAGUUGGAUUUGUGUUCUUUAGUCUCUGUGAUCUGUGUGUUUUGUGGCUCAGGUCUUAAGAUAAAACGGGUGGGAGGGUGUGGGUGGGGGGCUACGUGAAUAAACAUCAACAUGUCGACACCCCCAGAAGGGAGUGUUGUUGGACUCAAGCACUAUGAGAAUGUAGAUGAAGCUUAGUGAGUCUUCCAGGACUUCCCCAGUGUACAUACAGAGUGUAAAUAGUAUUAAUACUACAAGUGUAUCCAAAAUGAAGGCUAAGGGUGAGAGUGGCUGUGAGAGAAAUUAAAAAAAAAAGUUUGUCAUUUUGUUUUUUGUUCUGCUGUAACCGCCUGCCUUUUGAACAUAGGACUGACUCAAACCACUCAGUGUGUGUGUGUGUGUAUGGUGUACCUCCUUGUAUGAAUAUGGAACAAUUGUUGGGAAAUAAAGCUUUGUU